UUCGGUCGGGCGCUGGCUCCCAGCGUGCUUCGCGAGGCUCAUGGCGCGGGGGCCGCGGGCGCUCCUGCUCGCGCUGGCGGCGCUGGCGACGCUGGCUCGACCUGGCUCCGGCUCCUGGGAGGCGGGCGGCGGGGGAUGGCGGCUGGGCGGGCCGGCGGCGGCGGCCGUGGCGGAAGAGGAGCGCUGCACCGUGGAGCGUCGGGCGGACCUCACCUACGCCGAGUUCAUGCAGCAGUACGCCUUCCUCAGGCCGGUCAUCCUGCAGGGGCUCACGGACAACUCGAGGUUCCAGGCCCUGUGUUCCCGAGAAAGGCUGCUGGCUUCUUUUGGGGACAAUGUAGUGAGGCUGAGCACUGCCAACACCUACUCCUACCGGAAAGUGGAUCUGCCCUUCCAGGAAUACGUUGAGCAGCUGCUACACCCUCAGGAUCCUGCCUCCCUGGGGAACGACACUUUGUACUUCUUUGGGGACAACAACUUCACUGAGUGGGCAUCGCUCUUUCGGCACUAUUCACCACCCCCGUUUCGUCUGCUGGGAACCACCCCUGCCUAUAGCUUUGGAAUCGCGGGAGCUGGCUCUGGGGUGCCCUUCCACUGGCAUGGGCCGGGGUUCUCAGAGGUGAUCUACGGCCGCAAGCGUUGGUUCCUCUACCCACCUGAGAAGGCACCAGAGUUCCAUCCCAACAAAACUACACUGGCCUGGCUGCAGGACACAUACCCAGCCCUGACAUCAUCAGAGCGGCCCCUGGAGUGUACCAUCCGAGCUGGUGAGGUGCUGUAUUUCCCUGACCGCUGGUGGCAUGCCACUCUCAACCUGGACACCAGUGUCUUCAUCUCAACCUUCCUUGGUUAGCCAGAGCAGGCAG